UUUUGUUAUGUCCAAAACGACAACUUGUGAGAAAAUCGUGUUGUUUUACAGAAUAAAAAAUCGAUUUAGGGUUCAUUGUUUGAAUGGAAUCGAUCUUCUUCUUUUUUUCAUCUUAAAUUGGGAGAUUCUUCUUUUCUAUUUCUUUUCUAUCUCCUUGGAAAAUGUCGGAUAGCUCCAGCUCAACUUCACCUGCGGAUCGACGUGACUAUGGUGAAUAUGCCUAUGGGAUUUCUACUCAUUGUUUUUGUGGUGGAAGAGCACGGCUUGAACCUUCUCGGACAACGGCAAACCCAGAAAGACUAUUCUACACAUGUCAGAAUUUCAAUGAUGGAAAAUGUUACAUAUGGAAAUGGUGGGAUGAGGUUAUGAUUGAGGAAUUAACCAAGCUAAGGAUCGACGUGAAUGGGUAUCCUCCAUUGCAUAAAAUGCGUGAGACUCUUGAAAGGCAUAGACAUGAGAUUCUUCACAUUUAUGAUCUCCACGAUGAAAAUAAGAUGGAGUUUGCUAGGCUUAGGGCGAUGAUUGCAAAGAAAAGCGACGGCUUAUCUUUGGAAUUGAAGAAUGUGUUUGUCGCGGUUUUUGUUUUGAUAGCAAUAAUAAUCUACUUGUUUAUGUAGAUUAUUACACUUUGUUUAGAAGACUCUUUCUCUUUAGUAGUAUAUGUGGAUGAAGAUAUUUUAAUUUUCAUUGUCUUUGAAAAGAUGUUCAAUGUGUGUUGUCUGUAAUAUGAUUUGUAUUUUUGAUGUUUGUGUGAGUUAUGUUUACAUGUUGGUCUGCGAUGUGUGUUGGUUUUGUAUUGGUGCAUUUUUGCAUUUCAGCUUGUUGUGCCCUUCCUGUCCACAUAUGCCACAAGGCUACAUAAAAAGGUAACAACAAU